AUGAAGAUCCGUCAAGUCCCACUGACGGAACAACCCCGUCCCGCGCACUUCAGGCGACUUACCACCAAGCUCGAACGGGUGAAUCGUCGCCUCGACGAGGUCGAUUCGAAAGUUCAUCGCGCCACCAGCUCAGCUCCGGAAUUGACGAAAGCACUCGCCGACACCCGAAGAAGCCCGCUCACCCGCAGGCUCCGCCAGAUUGAGCUACACGAAAGAGUUCGACUCAAAAUCGACUCUUACACCGGCGAAGAAGACCCCAAGAAGUGGCUAACCGCGUUCAACCUCGCCAUGAGGAGGGAGAAAUACAAAUCUUACGAUGAAAGGGAGGCCAACUACUGUCAAGUAUUCGUCGAGCACAUGGCGAAAGAUGCCUUGACCUGGUUCUCUAACCUCCCCGCCGAGUCGAUCGAUAACUUCGACGACCUAACCAAUGCUUUUCUGAAGCAUUACUCCAUGCACAUGACCCGAAUCACUCGGAACAUGUUCACCACAACGCAAACCCAAGGCGAACCAUUGCGCAGCUUUAUGGAAAGGUUCAAACAAGCAAAUACUGGCGACAUGCCCGAUAGCGUCCCGCGUCCCGGAAGCACUCCGCAACGGCCUCUGGUACGACUCCAAGUUCAAGGAGGAUUUGUCACUAAAACCCCCUGCGACUCUGGAGGACGCGUUCCACCGCUCUCGGAACUACAUCUUCCUCGAGGAAGACCAGCGCUUCUACGCCGAGAAACAUGGAGAUAG